UUGCCCUAAUUUCUGGUUUUCUUCUCACCCGAUUUUCAGAAACCUCUUCGAAAUCCUCAAUUUCUUGUUCCGGAAGCCGGAAAAUUUUGAGUUUUCGGAGGUUGUAUGGAUUUUUUUGUUUGAAUCGCCAUUUCGUUGAGAACUUGGAUUCAAUGGAUCGAGAGGAGACGGUAGCAGAAUACAAACCGUUCAAUUACAGGCUAAUGAAUGGUUCGGGUAAUAUUCAUCAUCAACCGACGUCAGGUUGGCUCGAAAUUCGGUUGUUUUACGUUCGAAUCACGCCGUGCGCCGUGAACACCGUGCCGGAACAUUUAACGCUGCGGAACCUACGCCGUGAAAUCGGCGUAUCACUCGAGAUUAAUGGAUUUAGGGUUCCGUCAGCUAACACUGCUUUAGUGACGUUACGAAGGGACCGUGUGGACAAAGAGUCGUCGGAAGUGACAUAUGUUAGCACGGAUAAUAUUAGGGUCACUGGGGCGUUUGAAUUUGAGGUAAUUGAAAACGAAGGAGAGGACAGGGAGAUGAUCUUGUGUGGGUCUUUGGAGAGGAUUGAACCAACUUGGAGCAAUGGGAGUUUAGAUAACGGCAACAAUCAUAAUCACAAUAACAACGGAUCAAAAACGGGUUGGAGUAUGGAUUUCUACGCUGCAAAUUUGUCAAAGUUUGGGACUUCUUCGCCGUCGAUCGAAGUUUACAUUGCAGGGUGUUGCUCCUCGGUGCCGGUGAUUUUGACUAAAACUAUUCAAGUUAGUCCAAGGAGACGAGGUUCACGGCAUGGAAUGCUCGAUGCUAUCCCAGAGGAUGAAGAAGUCGAUAAGGAACCAAUGAGGGACAAUGGAGUUGUUCGGCAGCGGAAAUUGCCGAAUGCAGGGGAAGAAGCCGAUGAGUACGAAGGUAAAGUUGGACCAAGCUACUAUUCAGAGGAGAUGUAUUAUGAUGAGGAUGGUCAACUUACAUGGUUCAAUGCUGGUGUAAGAGUUGGUGUUGGCCUGGGGCUCGGGAUGUGUCUUGGUAUUGGCAUUGGUGUUGGACUGCUGAUGCGCUCGUAUCAAGCAACCACCCGCAAUUUCAGGAGGAGAUUCUUUUGAGCCUACCGUUUCUCACUUUCUACAUCUUCAAAAAUGGCAAAGUAACAUACUGUGGAUACAAAUAUCCAGUUCUUAUAGGGCAAAACCACCCAUCAUGCCAGUAGCAUCAAUCGGAGUUGUUACAUAAAGGGAAUGGAAGUGAUAGCACGAUGGAUGGGUUUGGUCUGAAAGUUGUUUUUGUAGAUAGGUUUUGGUUUCACGGCUUAAAGUCAUUCUGAGGUUUGGUUUUUUAUCUGUAUGUUUCAUGUAAUCUCCCUCCCUGUGGCAGCAUAGCCUUUGUUUGGCAAUGCUUCUUAUUUCUUGUAAUAAGUUCUUUC